CGGCGGGGGAAGCUGUUGAUGUUGGGGCUGCCGCAGCUGGAGGGGUUGCUGGUAAGGCUGCUGCCUCGGGGGCUCGGUGCAGUUGCUGUAGAAGUGACCGGGCUUCAUGCAGUUGAAGCAGACUCGCUGGACGAAACGGCACUCUCCUGGAUGAUAACGACCACAGUUACGGCACUUCGGAAGCUGGUCUUGAGCGAUGGGGUGCUCACCAUGAUGGUCAUUCCCGCCACGCUUCCCCUCCCGGUUGUCCCGAUGGGAAUGGGCCUUCUUCUUACCCGAACUAGAGCCGGGCGGCGCGGUGGAGAUGGGCUGAACCAGCUGAGCAGAAGGGACAGAAGUAUCGAGAGUCUGAUAACUCUCAAGCUGGGUGGCUCGAAUAACAGUCUCAUCAAAGGGAAGAUCCCCCUGGCUAGCAACAUGCAUACGGAGGGUUUGAUUCAGACCGUCCCAGAACUUGUGGGCCUUCUUCAGAUCUGUGUCCACCAUGUGUGGAGCAAAUGCGCUCAUGCGGGUGAACUCCCGCUCGUACUCCUCAACGGUACCAGUCCCCUGGGUAAGAUCCCAGAAAGCGCGCUCCAUCCUCAUGCGAUAGCCCUGAGGAUAAUACUUCUCAAGGACCAGUUCCUUCAUGCGGUCCCAAGUCAGAACAUUCAGCUCGGCCUGCCUCAGUCUCCAAUAGAUGACCGAGAUAUAAUAGGUGAGAAGGAGGUCGGCGAGGGAAAAGGGGAGAACGUGCAAGGGAUUUCACCAAAGUAUCGGAACAAAAUUUUACUUUUGAGGAUGAAGGAGACUCGGUCACUGGGAGAAGAGGUUGAAGAAGGUUCGGUCUGGGCGCUGCAGAUCGAUCUUAUGGGCCAAAAAAAAGAUUUAAUGCCAAUGGGCCACUUACCAAUUUGGGCUACAUACAAUAUUAGACAUUGGGUCCAUUUAUAUAACAUAGCAAAAG